AUGAGCCCUGAUAUCCUUGAUUCACAAGAGUUGGCCAACAGGCUGACUCAGGCCAAAGUGUGGAGUCAGUUCUAUCAGAAUUAUAAUCCAGACUACAAGAUCUCGGACAAAACUUUUGGUGACCCACUCAAUCGUAAGAUUCGGGUUAUCAACAUAGGUGCUGGCCUCUUCGGCAUCAAUCUCGCAUACUGGAUCUCCAACAAGUGCGAGAACUUCGACCUCACCGUAUUCGAAAAGAGUAGUAAGCUCGGAGGCGUCUGGAACCACAACAGAUAUCCUGGAGUUGCCUGCGAUGUCCCAUCUCACGUUUAUCAAUACAGCUUUGCACCAAACCCAGACUGGCCCCGGUUUCUUAGCCCAGGUCAAGAUAUCCAGAAGUACCUCCAGAAAUGCGCCACCACAUUUGAUCUAGACAAGUAUAUCAAGUUUCAUACCAGAGUUCUGAAGGCCGAGUGGCAUGAAGAGGGAUUCUGGCGCGUCUUUGUGCGGGAGGAGCUAACAAAUGGCGAGAAUCGGGAAUAUCACCAAGAUGCAGAGAUUUUGGUGAACAACGCUGGAAGUCAACAUGUCUAUCAGUGGCCCAAUGUUCAGGGCCUCGAUAAAUUCAAAGGAACGUUGCUUCACACUGCUGAAUGGGAUGACCAAUUCGACCAAGAGGCGUGGAAGAACAAGACCGUUUCUGUAAUUGGCAGCGGUGCCUCAGCAGUACAGGUAGUGCCUAGUAUGCAACCUCAUGUUUCCAAGAUGACUGUCUUCUCUCGCACUCCAGUUUGGUUCGCACCUGGACUCGCAGGUGAUGAGUUUAGCCCAGAAUACUCACCAGAAGACCAGGAGGAGUUCAAAAAGAAUCCUUCGAAGCUUCAGGCCCAUGGUAAGAGCAUCGAGAGGCGUCUCAAUGACCUCUUCCCAAAUUUCUACAGCGGCACUGAUCACCAGAGAAAUGCCAUCAAGUUUUUCUACGAUCAAAUGAAGAUUAAGAUCAAGGACCCCAGGCUUCUCCAGGGCUUUACUCCUGAAUUUGUUCCCGGAUGUCGUCGCAUCACUCCAGGUGACCCUUUCAUCAAUGCAAUCCAAGAGCAGAAUGUCGAGGUCGUCUUCAAAGGCGUGGCAAAACUUACCGAAGACGGUGUUGUGGAUACAGAUGGCGUUGAACGAAAGGUAGACGCCGUAGUCUGUGCAACUGGUUUCAAUGUCGACCUUAUCCCACGAUUUGAGGUCAUCGGGCCAAACGGCCUCCUCAUAUCCAAGUUCCUUAAACAGAGUCCAGACAGUUACAUGUCGGUCGCUUUGGCGCAGUUCCCGAAUUACUUCCACGGCAGUACCGGCGCCUACUGGCCCUCUGCCAACGGAUCUCUCAUCGGACCCAUGGACGCAGUCGCCAACUACGUAGUCCAAGUCAUCCAGAAGCUGCAGAUGGAGCACAAUAUCAUCAGCGUAGUACCCAAGCAAGAAGCUAUGGACGACUUCGUGGAACAUGCUCAGACAUGGUUGAAAGGCUGCGCUUGGUCAUGGGACUGCCCAGCUUGGUACAAGGCACAGUCUGGACCGUUGAAAGGUCGAGUGAAUGUCAUUUGGCCUGGCAUAACACUGCAGUUUGUCAGAGCCUUGAGCAAGGUCCGUUGGGAGGACUAUGAUAUCAAGUAUGCUGCCAGUGGGAAGAAGAGCGCAAACCGAUUCUUGUAUCUUGGCGAUGGGCUUGUUAAGGAGACGUUCGAUACUGAUAUGGAUGACUCGCCGCAUAUUCACCUCGGGGCUAUUGACCCUAGGUGGGCUAAGGCUGCUGGCUUGACCUUUGUUGAUGGCAUGAAGGCUUUGACUUCUUAG